CACUCAAAAAAUCCAAGUCUAGAAAGACCAUCACCCACUUCACAAAUGUGCACGGUCUGCCAUGCAUUGAGAAGAUUGUGAGGUCAGUGGAGGAGACCCCGGAGCCCAUCAGCACUGUCAUCACUGGAAAAAUCCCAGAAUGGAUCAGCGGCUCCUUCUUGAGAAACGGGCCCGGGAAGUUUGAGAUCGGAAACCACAAGUUCAACCACUGGUUCGACGGCAUGGCGCUCCUGCACCGCUUCCAAAUAUCCAACGGACAGGUGACUUACAGAAGCCGCUUCCUGUCCAGCGACAGCUACAAAGCCAACAAGGAGCACAGCCGCAUCGCAGUGUCAGAGUUUGGCACCAUCACUGUGCCAGACCCCUGCAAAAACUUCUUCCAGCGCUUUCUGUCCAGAUUUGAAUUUCCAC